AGCAAAACUUACCUACUAAGGCGCGAAACCCUUCUCUCUCCUCUCCUCCAAUCACAAGUCGUCACUCUCACUUUAUAACACCCUCUCUCUCUCUCUCUCUCUCUCUCUCUCAUGCAACCAGCACUUCAGAGCAGCUUUCUAAGGGCUUGGAAUCGUGGAUCUCGACAUGGACUGUUCCGUUUCUGAGGGAGGCCUUCAAGCCGCCAUCGCCAAGAAACUCAAACAAAAUCAGGCCCGUGAUCCUGGGAGCUCGUCUAGUUUAGCAGGGUCAGUAGAUAGUUUGGAGCCCCUCAAGAGUUCAGGAUCAAUCAAUUCAAAUGCUCUCAAAAGUUCCAAUGAUUCGUCAUGUAUUGAUGACGAUGAAAUGAAGAUUGAAGAUGAUUGCGAUGAUGAUGACGAUGAAUAUGAUUUUGAUGACAAUGAUGUAUAUCUGUCUGAUGAUGAUUAUUUGACUAUGGAAUCUCAAUUUGACAAUGUGGAUUUGCCUCCUGGGGUGGAAGCUUCACUUCCCUGGUUGAAGGAUCCUUCUCCAAGUGAAAACACAUCGUCCACUAAGAAGUUAACUAUUUCAGAUGCACCACCUGUAACUGGUCUACCAUCUGCAGUCGGUUCGUCAUCUGCUUCAUGCAGCUCAGCUGUUCCUUCUGAGUCAAGUUCUAGUAAGAACGUACAAAACAGCGAUGACGAUAGUCUCAUGCAAAAGUUUCAACAAUUUAAGCAAUUUGAUGUUGUCGAGGACUUCUCGGAUCAUCACUAUAGCCGAAUGGGAUUUUCAGAUGAGCAGCCACCCAAGAAUUGGGCAAAGAGAAUUCAGGAAGAGUGGAAAAUUUUGGAGAAGGACUUACCUGACACUAUAUUUGUCCGGGUUUAUGAAGCAAGAAUGGAACUUCUACGGGCAGUGAUUAUAGGACCUCCAGGCACUCCGUACCAUGAUGGUCUUUUUGUCUUUGAUUGUCUCUUCCCCACUGACUAUCCUAAUUCACCACCGAUGGUUUACUACUAUUCCGGUGGUCUUCGGCUAAAUCCAAAUUUGUAUGAUUGUGGGAAAGUUUGUCUCAGUCUUUUAGGCACGUGGAGCGGUAGACAGAGAGAAAACUGGAUACCUGGGGAAUCAACAAUGCUACAAGUUUUGGUCUCUAUACAAGCUCUUAUACUGAAUGCAGACCCCUUUUUCAAUGAGCCUGGGUAUGAGACAAGGUAUACUGGAGUAGAAGGGCAAAAAAAAUCCAGGAAGUACAGUGAAGAGGUCUUUAUUAUGUCUCUGAAGACGAUGAUGUAUACACUAAGGAAGCCACCUAAGUAUUUUGAGGACUUUGUCUUGGGUCAUUUUCGCAAUCGUGCACAUAAUAUUCUGGCAGCAUGUAAGGCAUAUUCUGAGGGUACAUUGGUUGGGUCUUCUAUUGGAGAUGCAGUGCAGAAUGGAGUUGAAAGUGGCUCAAGUGAAUUUAAGUCAUCUGUUGCUAGGAUGAUGAAUAUGCUUGUUACAUAUUUCACCAGAAAUGGAUCAACAGACUGUGAGCAGUUUCGAGGUGCAGCCUAAAACACACAUCUGACUAGCUGACUUGAUGGGAUUGUUAAGGUAAAUAAGAGAAUUAAAGAUGCAUUAGCAUGCUGGAAUCGAUUUGAAUUUCUAGGACCUGACCUCAUGGUUUUCUUGGUGUUCUCUGUAAACUGCUAUUAUGGAAUUGGGUAGCUGGAUUUCGUUAAUUUCUUCUUGGGAUUCCAUGUCAAUGUAAUAUAGUAGGAUGACGUGGAUAAAUGAUUUUGCUAAACUUGGCUGAUUGCUGCAUUGCUCUAUCAAUUUUUAUGUGGCUACAUUUCUGCUUGGUACU